AUGGGACUGUUGGGUAUCAUCACCUUCUUCCCUCCCCUUCUUCUUGUUCUUAUGAUUAUGAACGGUGUGAAGAAUCGUGUCGUUGGCGAAGAACUUACGUUUGAUGAGAACUACUUUGUCAUCUAUAGUCAAGAUCAUUUCGUACGGUUACGAGGUGGAUUAGAAGUUCAACUCUCUCUUGAUCAUGAUUCAGGUCUCUAUCGAAAGAAAAUCUUUCGAUAUUUUCAGAUGAAAUUAAAGCUACCAUCAAGAGCCUCUCCGGGAGUAGUCACAACUUUUUACCUACAUUCAAAUCUAGACAACGAUUCAGGAGCUCACGAUGAGAUUGAUUUCGAGUUCUUGGGCACAGAAGGACCCGAACAUAUCCUACAAACUAACAUUUUUGCCAACGACACUGGAGGAAGAGAGCAAAGACUUCGUUUAUGGUUCGAUCCAACCUUAACUUUUCAUAGCUAUUCAAUCCUUUGGAACUCCCAUCAAAUUGUGUUGUUCAUAGAUGAAAUCCCCAUAAGAGUGUUUAAAAACCACACAUCCAUUGGGGGCAGAUACCCAUCGCAAGCAAUGGUUGUGAUGGGAAGCAUUUGGAAUGGCGAGGCGUGGGCAUCAGGAGGCAAGAAAGUGGAUUGGUCUCAGGCACCUUUUCAAGCAAAUUAUAAAGGCUUUGUCAUUCUUGGCUGCCCAUUUGGAAACCGCUGUGAUUCGGAGGCCUUGGAAUGGAACAGUGGUCGACAAUGGCAGCUAAAUCCUAGACAACAAGAACUGUACGAGGAUGUGAAGAGAACAUAUGUGUAUUAUGAUUAUUGUUCUAAUCCGACAGGACGUGAGCUGUAUAAAGAGUGCCAGUUUGAAUGA